AUGCCCUACUAUUUGUCAAAUUUUCAAAAUAUGAAGUGAUCUUUUGUGAUUUUUAUGUUGAUUGUGUAAUAUAUUUGCUAUUAUAAUUGUUUAACUUUAUAAUCCUAUCAACUGGAGUUGUCUUUCUUUUAAUAUAUUGCAAACCGGCUUAGAAAAUGAAGUUUUAGACAGAAGGAAAUAACCCAAACCUUGUAUUGGUUAUUAUGGUAUAUUAACACGUAUAUUAAGCAAAGAAAUAGUUAUUAUUAUGUCUAGAAUAUUAAAUCAUCGAAUGAGAUCUAGUCUAAGAAGACCCUCUUGGUCUUGUGUAGACAAACGAGCUGUCGCUUUCUCUGUAUGGACGGGACGUAGUGUUCUUUUACACAAGCCACUAGAGAGUUACCAGAUACCAAGGCGAAGAUAUGGCAUGCUCAUCGCCCGCGCAGUUCGAGGGGUUUUAAAAAUCAGAUAUUUACUCCUUGGAGGUGCUGUUGGAGGAGGAAUGACUUUAAACAAGAAAUAUGUUGAAUGGAAAGAUGGACUCCCAGAAAUGGGAUGGUUGAAUGAUUUGUUGCCAGAUAAUGAACAAUGGGAUAAAUUUACCACAACACUCCUAGACGCUAAAGAAAAAAUUGGGGAUCAGUUUCAAAUUGUAGGUGUGCCACUGACGCUGUCGAUACACUCAGAUCCGAGGUUGCGAGAGGCUGGUGUAGCCAGAGCUGCAGAACUCAAGGAGUGGCUGGCACAACGAUAUGAAGAUGCAGUGGCUGCUGCUGCUGUUAAUAAUGCUACCAGCAGUAUUGAACCAGCUCCUAAAAUAGUAAACAAUUUACAAAGUCGACCAGCACCAAUGUCAGCCAAAUCAAAUGCUGACGAAACUGCUGCUUAUGAGCGCCGGGUUCACGCUUUGCAAGAGGAAGUGCUAUCACUACAGGCACGUUAUCAGCGCGAGUUACAAAGAUUGGAGCAAGAAAAUAGAGAACUAAGACAACAAAAUAUGUUGUUGAGGCAAGGCAGACAACCGUCAACUAAAAAGAUGAAACGUUCCCUAAUUGAUAUGUACUCAUCUGUCUUGGAUGAGUUGGCAGAUUGGGAUUCUGGUGAAGCAGGCAGAUUGCCCAGAGUAGUUGUGGUAGGUGACCAAUCUGCUGGCAAAACUUCAGUACUGGAGAUGCUGGCACAGGCCAGGAUUUUUCCAAGGGGAGCUGGAGAAAUGUGUACCAGAGCACCAGUAAAAGUAACAUUGUCGGAAGGGCCUUACCAUGUGGCACAGUUCAACGACUCGUCUCGCGAAUUUGACCUCAAUAAGGAAGCCGAUCUUGCUGAUCUGCGGAAAGAAGUUGAACUGCGUAUGCGGAAUAGCGUUCGUGGUGGUCGUACAGUCUCCAGCCAACAGAUCGCCAUGUCUGUGAAGGGACCUGGUAUACCUCGUAUGGUGUUGGUAGAUUUGCCCGGAGUGAUAUCCACCCAAACGGUGGAUAUGGCAUCUGACACCCGAGAGGCAAUCAAGGAAAUGACGAAGCAGUACAUGGACAACCCUAAUGCUAUUAUACUCUGUAUACAGGAUGGCUCAGUUGACGCCGAACGAAGCAAUGUGACUGAUUUAGUAUCAUCCUGUGAUCCGUCUGGCAAGAGGACUAUCUUCGUUCUCACGAAGGUUGACCUGGCUGAAGAGAAUUUGGCUAAUCCCAAUAGGAUUCGACGUAUUUUGGAAGGCAAAUUGUUCCCAAUGAAGGCUCUUGGAUACUACGCGGUGGUAACUGGUCGAAGCAGAAAGGAUGACUCCAUACAAAGCAUCCGUGAAUACGAAGAGAGAUUCUUCAGGUCAUCUAAAUUAUUUAAAGAUGGAAUGGUAGCGGCCGGUCAAGUGACUACCCGCAAUUUGGCGUUGGGCGUGGCCGAGUGUUUCUGGAGGAUGGUGAGAGACUCUGUGGAACAGCAGGCGGAUGCGUUCAAAGCCAUGCGAUUUAAUCUAGAGAGCGAGUGGAAGAAUACGUUCCCACGCCAACGUGAACUGGAUCGUGAUGAGUUGUUCGAACGUGCACGUGCAGAAUUGCUAGACAAGUCUGCAGAACUGUCGGGUGUACCAGCCGCAGCCUGGGAGGCCCGUCUCCAAAAUGCCUUGUGGGCCGCUGCCGCACAGAGAAUUUUUGCUGGCAUAUAUCUACCCGCAGCUGCGCAUGCUAGCGAAGAUGUUGAUAAAUUCAAUACAUCAGUCGACAUUAAACUGCGGGAAUGGGCGGAAAAUGAACUGGCUACCCUUUCAAUACAAGCUGGGCGUCAGGCGUUACGCGAGGAGUUCAGUGAACUUAUGUCCAAAUCUUCUGAUUCCGACGCUAUCUAUGAACCAGUGAAGAAGGCCGCUGUUGAUGAAGCAUUAUCUAGACAUCAAUGGGAAGAAAGGGCUCAGGACGUCUUGCGUGUACUCCAAGUAAAUGCGCUCCAAGAUCGGUGCGUGGCUUCGCGUGCUGAGUGGGACUCAGCUGUAACUCUCAUGGAAGACGCGCUUAAGGAGCGACUUAAGACUACAGAAGAAGACCUAAAGUCACUUGCAGGUCCUGGUUUCCGAGAGCGUUGGCUGUAUUGGCAAUCCAGUAGCGAAGAACAGAACAGACGUAGUGAAGUGAAAUCGGAGUUGGAGCGCCUAGGGUCAAGCAGGCCCAAUCUCUCGUAUGAUGAAGUGGUAGCUGUCAGAGAUAAUUUGAGGCGGCGAGGCGUCGACACUGAUAACGAGUAUAUACGGGAGACAUGGAAACCUAUUUAUUUAAAACAAUUCCUACAACGUGCAUUAUCACGGGCGAGGGACUGUCGCAAGAGUUUUUAUCUGUACACGCAACAGAAUGGUACUGGGAAGGAAUGCUGUGAAGUAGUGAUGUUCUGGCGGGUUCAAAGCGCACUGCGGACUACGGCGAAUGCUUUAAGACAACAAAUUGGGAAUCGGGAGGCUGGUCGGCUGGACCGGGAACUGAGAGAGGUUUUGGAUGAGAUGUCGUCUGAUGCUGAUAUGAAGAAAAAACUACUGUCUGGUAGACGAGUUGAACUUGCUGAAGAAUUGAAACGCGUGCGACAAGUUCAAGAGAAAUUGGAGGAAUUUAUUGAGGCGUUAAACAAGGAGAAAUAAGCGUAGAUAGAUUAAUUUAUUUGAAACUGCAUUUCAUUGGCUUCGAAACUAUUUAACUUGUAAAUAGGUCAUGAAUUUGCGUAUUAUCCCUAUAUUUAAUGACUAAAUAAUACGCAAUCUUAGAUCGAGGAAUUAGGAAUCGUUGGCUUCAGAACAGUUAUGCAAUUAUUUAAUAACAAUAUACUUAGUUAUAAUCCAAAUUAUCACCUUACUACAAAUGAAUUUCUAUGUUUACAUUAGGUCUUAUGAAAUAUACAAUUAGAAUAUUUACUGUGAUCAUAUUUUCCCUAUAAAACCUAGUCAUUUUCCAGACUAAUGUUUAAUUCAUGAAAUAGUUUUAAGAGGUUAAUCCUGCGGCCCCUUUUCUAGUGUCUAGUAUAGUGGUUAAACAGGAAGUCAUAGGUUCGAUUUCCGAAGAAACAAAAUGGUCGUUUUUGGUUUGGAACUUGCUCAUAACACUGCUUCAGUCACAGUUUAUUGGCUAUUUAUUAUAUAUCACUCAGGUCAAUGAAAUGCAGGGUAAUUUAAGUCGACUUAAUUAGAUUUGAUAAAGAAAUCUUAUCUUGUGCCAGAUUGUACGCCAAAGGCUGUGACGUCACUAUUAUUCUUAUUAAAUCUAAUAAAACUUCGAUUACACAAAAUCAAUACAAUUAUUCAUUAUCAGAAGCUACUCAUUCGCCAGUAUUGAAGCCUUAAAAGUACAACACGAAGAGCAUUUCUUUCAGAAGAGUCUUUAUGAUCGACUUCUCUCAUGUAAUUUAUGCUUAUACUUAAUUUGUUAUAUUUAAAUAUUUCUCUCAUUUUAAUCUUUAUGGCCAUAACGAAGUAGCAUUCUUCAUAACGUGUUAUUUUUUCUAAAUUGUUGUUUCUACAAUUAUUUUUCGAACUUGGGUUGAUUUUGUAAUUAUAAAAUGAUUUAGCCUAACAUGAGAAAGAGGUUUUAAAAUAACUAUAAAGCUUUUUAAACGUUUCUUUUAACUAAGUCGACUUGAAAACGUAUCUCUUAGUAAAUAUUGUGUAAUUUACUAUAGAAUGUAUAUAGGUUGCAUAUUAUGUUUGUCAGCUCGCAUGUAUUGUUAAUUACGACUCCAUAAGUUAUAUUUUUAAUAAAAUGUUGCAC